AUGGCGGUGGUGAGGGUUUCUACAGACAGAGGCAAAAAUUCCGAAGACGACGGUGCAGAGAACGAGAAGACAAAACAGAAGGAGAAAAGGCAUGUUUGUAAUGGAGCGAGGGUCGUAACUAUAGGAGAUCUGAAGAUGGAGGCGAUGGGCGGCUCAAGCAGCGGAUGGGGUUUGGAGAGGAGAGGUUGGGCGGCAACGGCGACAGUAGAUGAGGGCUCGUGUUGGGUGGAAGACAGCUUGUUGGGUGUCCUCGUGGUCAAAUCAAGCUGCCCGAAGAAAAAUGUCUACACUUGCUUUAGGCCUCGGCUGAACCUUGUUGGUGCUGGGCCUUGCCUUGGGCUGCGCUGGACUGUGCAAUGGGCUGUGUUAUGGACUCGCACGAGAAAAAGGGCUACUCGAUGGUUCGCGCGCUGA